CUAAUUGUUGUGAUAAACUUAUUAAAUAGGUUCAGCGAUGAGUGGAGCUCUCAUUUCCAGUCGCAACCUCGCCCACAUUCUCCUUCCCCGGUGCCAUAAGUGUCUAUCCAGCCUCCUCAUAUCGAAACGACAGCUCAAUCUUCAGGAGUACCAAAGCAAGAGCCUCAUGCGCGAGUUCAAACUGAACGUGCAACCAUUCCACGUUGCCGACUCACUUAAAGAAGCCGAGCGAGUGUGUAAAAUUUUCCCCUGUGAUGAGUACGUGGUCAAAGCAAUGAUACUAGCUGGAGGUCGGGGCAAAGGAACUUUUUUGGAAAACGGGUUCAAAGGUGGAGUUAAGUUGACGACUGACAAAAAUGAGGUGUUGAGUUUGGCGGAGAAAAUGAUUGGAAACCACUUAGUGACUCAUCAGACAACGUCUACGGGUGUGAAAGUGAAGAAAGUCAUGAUAGCUGAGUCAUAUCGGAUAGUGAAGGAGGCCUACUUUGCAAUCGUGAUGGACCGAGACUUCGGAGGACCAGUGCUGGUGGGAUCCAAAGAAGGGGGAGUUGACAUCGAGGAAGUGGCAGCCUCAAACCCAGACGCCAUCUUCAAAAUACCUGUGGAUGUGACCCUUGGAAUUACUCCUCAACAGGCCCUGGAGGCUGCUAACCAGUUGGGUCUGGACACCCCUCAACAAGUAGAAGAAGCAGCUGAUCAAAUACAGAAGUUGUUUCAUCUAUUUUCAGUCGUAGACGCCACUCAAGUUGAAAUCAAUCCUUUCGGUCUAACGGACAAGGGUCGAGUAGUGAUGUUUGAUGCCAAGAUCAACUUCGACGACAACGCUGAGUUCAGGCAGAAGGAAGUGUUUUCAUUAGACGACAAAAGUCUAACCGACGAGAAAGAGGUAGCAGCACAAGAAGCCAAGCUGAACUACAUCAGCAUGGAUGGGAACAUAGCUUGUGUGGUCAAUGGGGCUGGACUGGCUAUGGCCACUAUGGACAUCAUCAAACUACACGGGGGAGAGCCGGCCAAUUUUCUGGACGUCGGAGGCAGUGUCACCCAACAACAGGUUCUGGAGGCGUUCAAAAUCAUGGCGAUGGACGAGAAGGUGAAGACAGUGUUCGUGAACAUCUUCGCAGGCAUCGUGGACUCGGUGGUUGUGGCCGAGGGACUCAUAGAGAGCGCCCACUCCCUCGGACUUAAAAUGCCACUGGUAGUGCGUCUGGUCGGUCGAAACGCAGAAGAAGCAAUGCAUAUCCUGAACAACAGUGACCUCAACAUCAUCAGUGCCCUUGAACUAGACGACGCGGCCAUGAAAGCAGUAGAAGCUGCAAACUCAAGCUGAAAUGAACUAUUCUGAACCAUUUCUAUAAGGACACGCUAGUUGAGCAGAUUUAACGAACUUUGAAAAACUUGCAAAGUAGCGUUAAUUUGUUUUUUAGUUCGGCUAAUAAAUCAUGUUGACUCAUUGAAGGAGCCGUCUCAAUUAUUACCAGAUCUAAAUCUUAAGCAUUUCCAAAGAUAAUAUACAAACCAGUCUAAGGCAGUUUUGCAAUAAAUUAUACUUAAUCUAUUUUCCAAUAAAAAUGUUGAGCGAAUUUCAAUAUUCAGUUUCUGAGUUAAAAUGAGAUAAUGACCUCUUUAUUCCUAGUAAGCGAACAUGUUCAUUGCGUUUUAUCGUCGCAGUGCGACUUGUGAGAGAAAUGAGUAAUGCUACGAUCUCGUUACUCGUUUCACUCGCGAGAGUUUUUCCCGAAACAACUUAUCAUACAAAUCCAAGAAAUUGAAUUUGCUUUUUCUGGAACCUCAAAACUUGUAGAACUUUCGCACUUGGCAUAGUGGCGAAGUGCGUGCAGUUGCAUCUUAUUGUCUGGAGUUUAAUCCCGACCAGGCCUUGAUUUUUUCAAUAUGCAUAAAUGAAGUUCUUUCUGGAAUUUCCAAAGCAUGGAAUUUUCUUCUGAUUUCAUUAAUUUUUACUAUGAUUAAAAUUCGUUCUGUUAUUUGUAAAUUUACCGAUUCUGAUUUUGAGUAAGUUUUUUUGACUAAAUGAUAUCGGCUAUGUUUUAACGGCUUAUUCAUCUUGUAUUGCGUCGUUUGAAGAGCUAAAACAGAUAACGGAUUGGGUGUAAAAAUUUUUAUGAAAAUUUUAUUUUCGGCUCAAGGGGCGUCUACCCAGGUUUUAUCGGCUAAGUAGCCGAUCGAUAAAUGAUAAUGAAUGCUUAACUAAAACAUGUAAUAACAUUUUGCCACUAUUAUUGUCUCUUUUCCAUCCCCCUCAACUCCAACCUUUGAAU